GGGGGGGGGGGGGGGGGGGGAGUGUUAAGCCGCUGCCGCUGCAGCAGGGGGCCCCCGCGCUGCUGGGGGGCCCCCCGGGGGGCCCCCCGGGGGCCCGGGGGGGGCCCCGGAUGUACAAGAACCCCUCGGCGGAGGCCAGGGCUGCGGCCAGGGACCGGGUCUACUUCUGGAUGAGUGUGGAGGAUAAUGAGGACGGAAGAGACGGCCGGGGAAAGCCCGAAGAGGGCCUCGCGUGGGCCAUUCACGAGGCCCUUAACUUCGCAGAGGCGGGGCAAAUGGUGGAGAACUCCCACUUCAUCACUUGGAUGCAGCAGGCGGCGCUGCCCAAGUUCAAGAAGCUCUACGGGAAGCUGCAGGGGCCCCUGCUGCUGCCGCUUUAUGCCUAUGUCUCUAUAAGCUAUGACGUGGGCCCCUGGGGGGGCCGCAAGGCCCUGCUGCUCGUGGCCCCUUCUCCCCUCGGGGGGGGCUCUUUGUACUUGGGAAUAUCUUAUUUGGUCUUCGGGCUGCUGCUGCUGCUCUUCCUGGCUUACUUGCUGUGGCGCGUCCGCAGCAGCAGGGGCCCCCAGAACAGCGCCAGGCCCUGGCGCCGCCUCUUCAAAAAAAAACACUCCCACAAAUCCCGCAAAAACAACAACUCCAAACGCCACUAA